GUCGUCAUGGCGACAAACUCAGUGGUUAUUUUAUCGAUAAUGCAAGUUGCUCGGUGGUCGGUAAAUGAAAACUUUCUACGUUGAUCAUCCACAGGAAAAAUAUUUCAGUGCUAUCUAUAAAAAUGGACGGAUGCUUCAGCUACAAGGAGAUUAAAGCAUUACAAGAGUUAAUCUCACCCCAGGAGGAUGUGGAUUCAGAUACGGAUGACGACGACCUACCACAGGCCGGAGUAAGAAAAUUGGGACCAGCUGACAUUGGUGCGCCGACGAAGGUAUCGGCAGAAGAAGCUACCCAAAAGGGUCGCGUAACUCAAGUCAACACCGAGGAUAUUUGGCAGCUCGAGGAAAUCAACAGACUGGGUCAAACGCCGGAAGUUUCGGACCCUCGUCAAGUUCCUGAGUAUGAAAUGAAGUUCAAACAAGCUGUGAGCACCGAGGACGUCUUCCUCGGAAUGAACUACAAGACUCCCGGCAGCGCUUCUUGCGAGUGGAUUACAGUUUCCAUUAAGCUACCUGGAGAAACUCGGGACAAAGUUGAACUGAACGUCGAGUCAGACUCGUUAGACAUCAGGAGUCCCAAGUAUCGUUUGCAUCUGCUGACGCCACACGCAGUCGAGCCGAACCAAUCAUCCGCCAAAUGGCACGUCGAAUCGUCCACUUUAGAGGUUACGCUGAGGCUAACACGAGAACUAGAUACCGUCAACUUUUAAUAUCCAGGCCAUUCAUUUCGAUCUCAUCACGUCUGGCACCAUCGACACCAACUACUUGGUAAUCAAGAAUAAUCGCUUCCAGGGACAAUCACGCUAACGAUCACGAGCUAGAUGCUGUUAAAGGGUACAGUGCGCAAACAUCGUAAACUCUUUCAGUGGUAGAGAAGUCGAGGCACAGAAGUGUGAGGCCAUUAAAGACACACUGUGACGUUGCAGCUGUUGCUGCAUUUAAAUAUUAAAGAAUGCAACUCUGUCCGUUUGUAUUUCUUUUUUAUAUUUCUUUUUAUACAAUGCUGAUGCCAACCUGGCUGGUGACCCUCGUAAUUCACUCCGGAUGCGGAAAGCCACAGCCUCGUCAUCGGCCUCUCGUCGAUCUACGUGUGCAGCUUUAAUUAAAUGUGACGAGGCAACGGCUCCAGCGAUUAAUGAUCACCCAGUACUCUACUUCCAUAUCGUCCACUAAACUCCAGAUCUAGUGACCCACCUGAACAGGAGAAUCCUAAACAAUAAGAAGGCCAACGUGAUAACGUCUGGCGUCGACUAUCAGACAAAAGUUCUUGGAAAGGCCUGAUGUCUGUCUGCUGGCACCUGCCCUAUCCUUACACUCGUUGUCGCAGUACCCACAAUGAAAACUAGAGCCGACAACGAUGACGGAGAGUCAAGGGAAAAGGAUGCUGGGACAACGAACAAGAUACCAUAUGUGCACAGUAGCGGUACAUAUUAGUUGCUGGUUGGAAUCCAACAUUGUCACUCUUCAUACGCUCUUGCACCAUGUGCUAUUUUCCUACAUAUUCUACAACGAAAACGUCCACGGUUUAUGAGUCGCGUGUCACCGGGACGAGGUCGGGCCAAGCGGAACGCGAAAAAUGCCACGGUAAAUCAAGGAACGACGAGGAGCACGAGAGUCGUGGAAUUUUAGGUUAACGAAGAUGAGCAAGGAUUUGUAUCUACAUAUAUACACGGAUAUACUAGAUUACAUUUCCUACAGGACGACGCCAAUUGUGUCGCUUUCGCAAAAUAGUCACUGCCUCGUCUAUACCUUUAGAUGAAUAAAUCCUCAAUCACCGUGUUGACAAAGGAUGAUCUUGAAGUUUAAAAUUUGUAUGAAUUUUCGCACCUUUCUCACUGUCCGGUAAUGAGGUACCGAGUACAUAACCCAAGGACAUAGCUACACGCUUAUUAGCUCGCCCAUUGACGCCGCUUGCGAGUAAAGCCUCGGGGCAUCGACUAUGGAAAUUUAUGAGCAUACAAAAUCGCACGCUCUAUCUGCUGCUGUUCCUGCUCCACGAGAAAUCCCUUCUGAGAACGUUACGGGUUGGUCGACCUGGUGAGGUCACUCUCGCCUGACACACCCUCAUCGUCAUCUUUAGAAUACACAUGCAAAUCGUAAUCGUGAUCCUGUCAGUUUCCUCUUGGGGCGAUCAACCUCAACGCAUCUCAGAUCAGUUGGUACCAGUUGCCAAUUGCGUUACUAGGCCGAGGACCCGGCUCAGUCCACCUCAAGGAUCAAUGCCAAAGAUCACAUCUAGCUUGUAUACAGAUGACUUCCUGCUGAUGAUAUUUUGACAGCAAGGUAACGUCAGAAGAAACGCGAAUCAUCCUCAUCCUGAUCACGAGGAUGUAUCAGCAGGCGUCUUCCUAGCCGCCAGCCUGAACCUUCCAGGGCGGUUCGUCUCCGUCGAGGCUGACAAAUCGCUAGGCUCCCUUGGUGACAUAAGAUACGCAUCGGUGUCGGCAGACUCGGUCGUUUCAAGGGGAAACAUUGAUUCAUUAAACGGAACGUUGCUCGAGCAUCCCAACGACGGGAGCUAGAACCCACGAGAAUCCUCUUCACCUUUCAAGAGGCUCAGCUAUCUGAACUGAUACCAAUGGUUAUGGAGUCUGCAUGGAAUUUCCUAGUUCGUGAUUCUCUCUCUCCAUAUGUAUAUAUAGAUUCUCAGGACCCUCUUUCAUUUCUCAUCACAAAUCAAAUAUGCAGAUCGGGAAGUAAGUGCGUAUCGCUCGGAUGAGAACGACGAACUCCAUGGAACUGGCAUUCGCUAUGUCUCUCUCGUGUUUACGAACCGUUUCGUGACCUCGCGAAGUGACUCGUUAAGUCUCGUGCACGCGAAUCGCGACCAGUUCGCUGUGACGCUACGUGCCUUGCAAAUUCUUCUGGUCAUCUCGUACACGUAGCGUUUACAUGGUCGCUGCUUUUACUCAAUGCUGUACCAGAUUCCAGGGAAAUAACGGCAACUGUUUGGAUUCCACGAGACCAACGCCACUUCCACAUUUUCACGUUGAUAUUCCAACAGAGCUGAUGGGGUUGGCGGGUCGAAUCCGAUAACGAUUGCGAAUGCGAUGCACGCAGCUUGAAAAUAUCGCGCGAGCCCGAAGCUCCGUUAUACAAUCUAUAGGCGUUUGUUUAACGCGAAAAUUUAACCGACCACGAAAGGGCCUCACACGCAACGAAACAGAAGUCUGAAGAUUGCACUGAUAAAAGAAAAAUAGCCGUAAUUUAGGGAAAGAAAACUCGAGGAUAAUUUAAUACUCUCAGUUGCUGCGUAACCGACCAUAGAAUUGAUACCAGCCAAGAAUCCGUUAAUAAGAUACAAUUAAAACGAAAAAGUCUAUCAAUUUGCUUCUGGCUCUUGAAAAUCAAUAGUUUAUUUCAAUGACGGCCUCGUAUCACGUUCAAUGUACAUUUCGGAUUAUUAAAUAAGGCGUUCUCACUUGUGUGGCAUGAUCAUCGGUUUUCCCAGAGAAUUACUAGCUUUCGUGUUAAAGCAACCGAUAAACUAUAGUUUCCAAACUUUCCCAAUAUCAAUCCCGUCACGGAAUGAACUUUCUCGAAACAUGCCGGCCGAUCCAGUAUCGUAUAACCUGUAGACUAUAGCUAUGUAAUUUAUAAAGAGAAAAUUUAAGGCUGUAAGAACGAUGCAAAGUAUUCUUAAAUCGUUGCCACGGUAUGAAAAAAAAAAAAAAAUAAUAGCAAAACGUGAAAAGGUGCACGGUAGUCUGCAUGGGUUAUCCUGCAGAGUAUAAGAAAAAUCAUUCCUCAUAAUUGCCACGAAUUUCAAGCUAGGCUGUACGACCCCGCAGUAUCGGUCUACGGACCUACCUACUGUAGUGGGACACGUGGGCUCGUAAUUUUAAAGUCUAAAAAUACAAGAGGGAUUGCAAACAUUAAAGAAAAUGUCUAAACAUUAACAUACCGUGCGCGCCGUACGAGUAUCACGACCGUUGAGAAGCUUCAGAGGACGAGGAUACGAAAUGGACAAAAUUAUUACGAGCAGUCUUACAUUUAAAUUACACGUUACGUUGUGCGCGCUUAGUCUACGACCGUUGUGAAUCUAUUGACGAAACUAGACAUAGUCGCGCCACGCGUGUAAUUUCCAGAUACGUACUGAGUGUGCGCAGUCGGUAAAUUCGCGAGCUCCGGUACUGGCAAGUUUAUUCACCGUGGGAAAUGACUGUCAAUAAAUGUAGAGGCAAAUAAAUCAUUAAAUUCCCAAUGCGUCGAGCGAUUUAAAGGUAAAUUGAACAUUUUACAUGUAUACAUAUAUACGUAUGGUAGAUACAUGGCUGCCUGUAUGUAAUAUCGCCACAUAUUAUUUAAUAGUCGGAUAAAAAACACGGACUAAAUGAGCGUAGCUGAUCACGCGACAUUUAUUUCGUGCAUUUUUAUUCUCGCGUGCUUCAUUUACUUGCCAAUCUUUUCCUCCAAAGCCUAGACGAUCUGACUGAUUUGCUGGGAACGAUCUAAUCACAAUUGUUAUGAAAUAUAGUACAGUGUAUAUAAGUAUAUAUGGAGUUAGAAACAACUGGCAGUGAAUACUCUUUCCCGGAGAAGUAAAAUAUAAGCGCAUUGCGCAGCAUGACGCGCAGCCGCUAUCGAUACGUAUUUAAUAUUUUAUUUCUCAGUGGCAAGUCGCGUGUGCCUGACUUACUUGUAAUUGAGUAUUCACCUUAAGGAGGAUAUUAUCGCCACGACGCGUAUUUUUAUGGAAAUUAUAUUUGAGGAAAAAAAAAGUUUUGCCCCCAGAGAGAUUUGAACUCUCGACCCCUGGUUUACAAGACCAGUGCUCUAACCCCUGAGCUAUGGAGGCCCUUAUGGUUCCUCGAUAACAGUGGGACGUUGAUAAAGUUCUAUUCAGAUUAUGAUUAUAUCUUAUAAUUAAUUAAUUUUUGUUCAAUUGGUAUAAACGUUUUCUUAUCGGUUUAACUAUAUCUCUUUAGUAUCGAAACUGAUUGCGACUUAUACUCUAUGAUUAUUUCGGCGAACUUUCAAGAAUCUUGUGAAUUGAAACGGUUGGAACUUUCUUUUAUACGAAAGGCGUGAAAAAGCACUGGUCCAGCAAUGACACUCUUAAUACUUAACGUGACCCAGAGCCAGAGGCUGCUUGACUUGCUGUUCCACUACCUCACCUUCCUUGACUAUGAGAUUUAGGUGU